AUGCAACAUACCUUCCGCGUUCAACGGCAGCGACAUAUAGCUUCAUACGCGUCCGAUACCGGUAGAGUCAGCGAUACGGCGUUCGAUUCGAGCUUGAAGAUGACGACAGAAAGUACCAGGAAGACUGGAGGUCGACGUUUGCUAAAUACGGUGAGGGGCAAGCCCCGAAGAAAGCGGAGAAGGACAUCCAGGAGUAUUUCGCCAUCUCCGUCGGACAUAGGGCCUACCCCUGUACGGCUGUCUUCUGCGAUCCGGAACAAUCGACAGACCGGAAACAAGUCGAUACGGGCACUACCGCUUCACAUGGGCUUCUCCCUUUCAGAAACGAAGCACCUGCGUGCAGCACUAAAUUUGGCGAGCCACGACGCUCGUCUUUUGAGGACGAACCUGAAAUACGCGUUGGGGAAUGUGGAAGGGCUUCUGCCCGAGAGAGCGGCACGUGCUGCAGUUGAUUCACUCGUUGCGCGUGGAGACACUCACGGCGACCUAGACACAGAGACGGCACUAAGGCUAAGCAGAGCAGUUGCUCUAUCUCCAGACUCCGCCGAAGGCUGCGCGAAGUCAGCAGGGACUAGAAAAGACAGGAACCCUGAGAGCCGAUGUAUGGCCGUCGAUGCUAGAUGUUCGUCUCCUGACACAAAACGUUUCGACGCCACUCCAUCAAGCGGGGGGGCGGCGUCUCCCCAAGGUGGCGUUGGCCUUGAUGUUGACGAAAGCAACCACGUUCUUCCGGACGAUGACGAAAGUAUCUGUCUCAAACAACCGACGCGCAACCGUCCCUACAGCAGCGAUGGAGAAAAACGGGUUGUGGAUCGACAGCGUCUGAUUGUCGUUCUCGCGGCGGAAGAGCGGAUCAAUGCUAUGGCCAGUCACCUCGGAUCAGCCCAUACAAUGACCAACUUAUUCUCGUUGCUUUUGCCGGCGAAAGGGCAAAUGGAUGGUCCAGUUGCUCCAGACCUCUCGGAAGAACCUGUGAACCGUUCCUUGGCAACUGUAGCAAAGCAACGAGAGGCACAUACCACGGGAGGAAUUCCAAUCCCGAGCCACGAUCUCUCUGGUCCUCGUGAGAACGGAAGGUCCUGGCUGGGAACCCAGGGGCGCGCACACAGCGCCGAAGACACCCUGUUGCACCCCAAACAGGAUGAUACUUGGCGAAAUUCAGUUGCUGCCGCUUCAUUCAGGAAACGAGCAGGAGAUGAAGGAAGAGGAGGAGGAGUCACGUCCGAUGCCGAGGGCGACAACCACUGCCGAAAGAAGCGAAGUAAACGGGGUGAGAAGGGAGACACAGGCGCGGAAAAGGAGCAGCAAGGGGUGGCAUACAGGGCCGGCGACAAUGAACGAUCCCGAUUGAGAAAAUCCAGUUCUUUCGCAGAGGGUCAGCGGCACCAAGCAGAGACAUUUGAGGCCAGUGCCGUGGACACCCCAUCGCGAUGUUCCCUUCCUAAGCUUAAGACUUCAAGCGUGAGCCGCGCCUCAACGCGGGAUGAGUACGACCGGUUCGGUGGCCGAGAGACACCAUCCGUGCUUCGACGAAGUGCGCUUUCGGGAGGUGGUGAGAAGUCCUGGAAGGCGGUGGAGCAACUUCGUCACCAGCUGGAAGUCACCGAGUGCGGGCUGCUGGAUCUCAAUGCGAGGGUACGAGCGGACGUGGCUUGGGUGCAGGAGACGGUCGGAGCCCGGAUGUCCCGCAGGGCUAGGGUAUCGUGCUGCAAGUGGGGCUCAGAAAAGAUUGCGGAACUCACUUUUAGGUGGGAACGGCGAUCGCUCGACAAGGCCAUGGGGACAUGGACACGCUACCGCGAAUACAUGGCGAACAGGCUUUGGGUUAGGAAGCGAGGGGAGAGACGCAGAGCCAAAAGGAUUGCGGCACUGGAGGCGCGCCGGCGCGGAACGAUCAAGAUCCAAAAAUGCGCGAGGGGCUUCAUCGGCCGUCGGAAGGUGUUGGUUGUGCGGGAAAAGCUUCUACAUCAACACGGGUCCAUUGUCAUUCAGACCACCUGGAGGGGCAUGUUGGGCAGGCGAAAGGCUGGAGAAGCGAAGAGGGACAUGGAGCUUACGUGGGCUGCACAGAAUAAGGCGGCGAUUCACAUCCAGACCGCGCAGCGCCGGAAGGCUGCGAUAGCCGCAGCAGAGACGAGGAGGACAAUCCAAGCGCUACAGCGCCGUAAGUCGGCCGAGAUAGCCGCCAUCUCCAUCCAGAGAGUAGUGAGGGGGCAGGCAGCGCGAACGGCGACGGGGGCUGAAGUCGAAAAGAGAAAGGGCGACGAGGACCAAGAUGGCUUCGCUUCUUCAGGGGUUGCUGGCCCUGGAGCUGGUGCCGAGAACGAUGGCGUGGGGGCGCCUAUUUCGGCGUCGACGUCGUUGCCAGAACAGGUCCAGACCUCGUCUCUGCCGCAGGAAGACGAGAGUAAAGCUCAGGACGCAACAGCAGCGCAACAACACGAGGCAGAGAGUUCACCGUCGGUAACCGCUGAUCUGCAGCAACCCCCUGCUGUUGCGGCCCUGUCCCCUGGCGAAAAAGCAGCCCGGGCGCAAGCUGCGUGCAGGAUUCAGGCAAUUGGCCGAGGGAGGGCCGCGAGGACUGUGGCCCAGGAGCGCAGGCAGAAACGAAUCGAAGAGCAAUUCCACCGGGCGAGCGUUUGGGGGCAACAAGUAGACGGAGGGCAAGAUACUACAGCAAACCAACGAGCAUCCGAGAAACUCCCCACUCCCAAGUCGUCACCGCAAGCUCCACUGCGGUCGUCAUCGCUCUUCUCAUCGGGGACUGGGGCAGCAAGUCGCGAUGUGACGGAAUCAUUGGGGAAACAAAAGGGUCAGCCCGAAGCUGCGACUCUGAUUCAGGCAGCGUUCAGGGGGGGCAAGGCGAGGUGGGGGGCGGAUCGGCUUCGGGACGACUACAAGACCAGAAAGGACGAGGCCGACGCGCGAGCGCGAGAGAAGUUGGAGGCAGACGCGGCCGUGAGGAUUCAGACCCAAGCACGAGCUAGGGCAGCCAGAGCGCGGCGCGAGGAGCAUCGCCAGAGGCACGCCGCUCGCGUGGGAUCCAUCCGCAGCAGCGGGAAAGCGGCUGCCGACGACCUUCGCGCCUUGUCUCGCCCCGGAACCGCUUCUGCUGCAGUUGCGGCUACCAACAUUGGCCAAUUGCCCACCGUCGUAGGAGCAGCGGUGGGGCGGGAGCUUCGAGAACAAAACCCGGCAGCACGAGGGCAUCGGCAGCAGGCACGGGUGGGCGAUCACGGUCACCGUCGUCGGCAAGCCCGAAAAAAUCACCGAGUACAAGAUCGGCACCCAACACGGCUCAUCGUUCGGUUGCGUCGCCGCCAAGUUCUUCGAGGACAGCAGGGGUCACCCCAAGCCGUGACCGUCGAAGUGUUGCUGGCAGGGGUGAUCGUACCACCAUCAUGGAUCACAGGCGAGAAGAGGGAGCUCAGAGAUACAAUCGAUAAGGAGCUGGCGGCGAAGCUGGCAAAGCAGGAGAAAGAGAGAGAGCGAACCUCGAGGGAGGCAGAGGAGGAGCGAAAGCGAGACAGGGAAGCCGUCGAAGAGGCUAUGCGAGCUGUGCAAGAAGCACACAACAAGGACUCGGAAGAGAUCGCCCUCAUCAAGGUUCGGCUCGAAGAAGAAGAGGACGCACGCCGUGCCGAACAGGACGCCGCCCUCCAGGUGUACGAAAAUUGUCUGGCAGAAAUUCGGGCCGAGGCCGAAAAAAGUCGAGUUGCCGCCGAGGCGGUCGAAGCCCUCCGCCGCGAGGUGGCAGAGAAGGAGGAGGAGAAGAGAAAACUCCGGGAAGAAGCCGACGCUCAAACGCAAGACCAAGAAGCGAAGGAGAAGCGAUCGAAAGAGCAGCAGAGCCGGGGGGCGGGGGCGGACAGGGUUGAAGCUGACCCACUUCAGUGCGGAAAUUCGCCUGCUCAGGAGCCGGGGCACCAGCUGGAGGAGAAAGAUGAGGGGGUAGAGAAGGAAGAAGAAGAGGCGGAAAGACGAAAGCAGAGGGAGAUAGAGGAAGAGCAGCGGGCGCGCGACGAGCGGCAGAAGGACGUCCUGCAGCAGCUGGCGGCGGAGAAGGUGGAGAAGCAACGUGUGGCUCUGGCUGAGCUUCAGGCCCGGCUAGAAGAGGAGGAGGCGAAACGGCUAGAGUCUCACGCCGCCUGGGAAGCUCGCCAGGCAGAGGAACAGGAAAUUGCACAGGAGGAGAGGCGCUUAGAGCUUGAGGCGAUCGAGAACUUGAAGCGUCAGCUUGAAGAGGAUAAGAUCAAGGCCAGUCAGGAUCAGGCCCAGGAACAAGAGCGUGUUCGACAGGAAGUGGAAAGGGUUGCAACCGCCGAAAAGAAGGCGAAAGAGGAAGCCAUUGUGAGGGAGGGGGCCAAACUCAUGGAGGAUGGCGACCUAGAGUCCGAUGAGGAAGGUCACGCGAGAGGCAGCAGCACAGAGGCCACCACUACCCGUGGAAGUAGUCGGUCGAAGUCUUCUGGAACGGCAGGGAGCUCCAGCCGUCAGACGUCGACAGGGUCCGGAGGAGGGAUGGUAUCGACGGAUGUGGAAGAGGUGGUAAAGAGAGAGAUCGAGUCGGCGACCGGGUCGCGCUUGGCUCAGGUAGAAGGGGCUCUACGAGAGUUAUCGAGGAAGCAAGCGGAGCUGGAGAGCAGGGAAAAGCAGCUCGACGAGGCAAACGGAACCUCCUCGGCAGGCGCACUUGCUUUGGUCGCCAACGCGGCGACCACCGGCGGCGCGUUGUCAGCAGUUGCUAGUGGCGCCGAAACUGGAGGGCUGGUCGUAUCCCACGGUGGAGGCCCUGCUGGUUCGGAGUGGGUCGAGUACUGGGACGAGAGCGCAGGCGCGAGCUACUUCUUCAACACCGUAACCCAGGAGGCUAGCUGGACAAACCCGAACGAAGGAGCGGAGUCUCAGGUAGCAGGGGGUGCUAUCGUGGCAAGUGAGGCUGGAGGUGGAGGGGCAGGAGGAGAAGGGGGCCGGGCCGCGGGUCCAGAAACACUUUCUCAGCCCGAAGACGGCCGCGCAAAGUGGACGGAGUGCUUGGACGAGGCCAGCGGAUCGACCUACUACUACAACGUCAUCACGGGCGAGGCUGUGUGGGAGAAACCAGCCGAGUUGUCAAAUAUGAAAAGCGCGGUCGGCGGCGUCCCUCAGUUCGACCGGCCGGAGGAUUGGGUGUGUUACCUCGACGAGACUUCCGGGGAGGAGUACUGGUUCAAUUUGACCACCGGAGAGACUCAAUGGGGAUCGGUAUAG